UAUACAACGUACGUAGAUCAUGUUCGAUAAGGAGCCAAUAUCAUCUUAUGUGUGUUGUGUUUUGAUCAAAAAAUGGAAUUGAUAAACGAUUUCCUCAACCUGACUGCUCCUUUCUUCACUUUCUUUGGUCUCUGCUUCUUCUUGCCUCCUUUUUACUUCUUCAAGUUCUUGCAGUCUAUUUUCUCUACCAUUUUCUCGGAAAAUCUUCAUGGGAAAGUUGUUCUCAUCACCGGUGCUUCUUCCGGGAUAGGCGAGCGAUUGGCAUAUGAGUAUGCAUGUAGAGGUGCAUGUUUGGCCCUGACCGCUCGAAGGAAGAACCGUCUAGAAGAAGUGGCAGAGAUUGCUCGUGAAGUUGGAUCUCCCAAUGUUAUCACCGUUCAUGCUGAUGUCUCCAAACCUGAUGAUUGUAGACGAAUCGUUGAUGACACCAUCACCCAUUUUGGUAGAUUGGAUCAUCUUGUAAAUAACGCUGGGAUAACGCAGAUUUCGAUGUUUGAGAACGUUGAAGAUAUAACUAGGACAAAAGCAGUUUUGGAUACUAACUUUUGGGGAUCAGUUUAUACUACUCGUGCUGCACUUCCAUACCUUCGACAAACCAAUGGUAAGAUCGUGGCUAUGUCGUCCUCUGCAGCCUGGCUAACUGCUCCAAGGAUGAGUUUUUACAAUGCAAGCAAAGCAGCUUUGUUGAGCUUCUUUGAGACGAUGAGGAUUGAGCUUGGCGGUGAUGUACACAUUACAAUUGUCACACCUGGUUAUAUCGAAUCGGAGCUCACACAAGGCAAGUACUUCUCCGGUGAAGGCGAGUUAAUAGUCAAUCAAGACGUUAGAGAUGUUCAAAUAGGACCAUUUCCAGUAGCAUCGGCAGCAGGAUGUGCUAAGUCGAUAGUGAACGGUGUGUGCCGGAAACAAAGAUACGUGACAGAGCCAUCAUGGUUUAAGGUGACAUACAUUUGGAAAGUGCUAUGUCCGGAGUUGAUUGAGUGGGGUUGUCGGUUAUUGUAUAUGACCGGAAGUGAAAUGUCCGAGGCAAAUGCUCUCAACAAGAGGAUCAUGGAUAUUCCUGGUGUACGUAGUGCUCUGUACCCCGAAUCCAUCAGGACGCCGGAAAUAAAGUCCGAGUAGAUGAGAUGUACGAUCCUUAAAAUGUGUGCAUGCAAUGAAUAAUAAUAAUCAAAACAUGUAGGUUUGUUUUUGUGAAUGGUACUUUUGACUAUGUAUAUUAUAACACUGUAUGUGUCUUUAAGAA